AUGAAGGAUAGAGGCCAUAGAUGCAAAGGGGUUCUUGCAUUGUGGAGAAAGAUUUGCAGGAAAGGAAUGAGAGGGCUAUGUGGUGAGGCAAAGGUUGGGGGGGACAUGACUGCAGAAUUCCAGACAGACAUAUGUCAGGUUGAUGUUGACAUGGAAUUCUGGGAUGAUGACUGGUGGGAGCUCCAAAGGUUUGACAGACAUGGAACUCUGAUAGGGGUCGACUUUGGUAAUGGCAGAAUUUUGGUGUUGGCAUCCCUAUUUCAGCCUCAGGGAGUAUACCACUCCCUACACCUCCUAUGGUCUUUGAAUGCUGACUGUCCUUGGUCAGAGGUCAUUGAGUUGCAACAGAAGGGCAGCAGAGAUCCAGCAGGUGAUGUAAACAAAGAUGGCUUGUGUUUGGCCAUGCACCUUGUAUUCUCACUUCCUUUGCCAACUACCAUGCAAGCUUACUCCAUCAAUGACAUGUGUCCCAUGUUCAGCAUGAGGGACCAGGCAACCACAGUGCUCACUGCAGCUCUAGGGCAUGUCUGGGACCUGAUCAAGGUGGUGCCACAGCCAGAGGAGAGUUUGGGGACCAUCUAUGCAUGGGUGGAGGACUGGGACAAGACAUGGGCCAGUAUUCACUCAUGGUGGAGAUAUGUCAAUGACAAUGGAAUUUCUAUACUGAAGGUUCAUGACAAGUGCAUGUGCAACUACACUGAGGAAUCUGCAAUGUGCCAAAACCUUCUAGUCCUGGGUGCCAUUGCCAUUGCUGACCUCCAGUGCCCAGUGGAGCAGAGAUGGAUCCACAUUGAUGACAUCUUUGAAGACUACCAGGAGAGGGUAGAAUUGAGGGUGCAGCUUGAGGCAGAGAGGUUGACAAGAGAACCUUCUAUGCACAUGCACAGACAGGCAGCAAUGGUGAUAGGUGAAGGUCAAGGCUGCAUGCCCAGUGACACUGGAGCAGGGGAGUCUUCAAGGGAGACUGGAGGACAAGUGAGGCAACAGAUGGAUAGUACAGGCAAGGGGAAGGGUAAGGAAAAGGCCACAGAUGAAGUUGACAAGCUGGAGAAUGAUGAAGGCAACUGCCCACCUAACCCAGACCCAUUGAAACUGGCACUCCAGCACCUGAAGCCAACCUUCCAUGUAGGGAGCAGGCCAAGUGGAAGUGCAGCUGGUCACUCAGAGUGGGUAGGAAGCACAAGAACACUGGUAGUGGAGAGACAGCUGCUGGGCCAUUGCACAAACAGACCAACAACCCCUGCACCUCAACCUCACCCUGAGCCAACUCCACCACCUAUGGACAAUCUUGGAGACCUUGGCAAUGGUGGACUCUUUGGCAGACUGACUGGAUUAUUGGACAAUCCACCCACACCCAAUGUCAGUGUGCAGGACCUGUCCAAAGUUCCCCCAGUUGAAGAAACUCUGCUGGUCACAAACCUGAGCAAAUUGACUACGCACAAGGCUCUUGCUGAGGUGGAUAACAAGGAGUUUGAGUUGACCCAGAUCCACCAGAUGUUGGGGCUGUUGAUUGGCACAGUUCAGGGGCGACAUGAGGAGCUGAAGAGGUUGAAGGAUCAGCUCAAAGAUAUGUAG